AUGUCGGAUGUUGUAAACGACCCAGCUCAAAAUAAAGAGAUUUCACAGAAUGAUCCGUGCAAAGAUCAAGAGUCGGUUAUUCCCCGGGGGCCACAGGUUAUACCGAGCUCGGAACCUAGCACUCCGAGCAGACCUUGGCCCGACAUCCAGGCAUCGCGGGGCCUGGACAGCAACGGGUGUGACAAAACCAAUUUUACGGAAACGGCGGAUGGGGCGAAGCCAAAAGAGCUGUCACCUGUGACAGUAUGCAAUCCAUUGCAAAGACAAAUCAAGAGCCUGGAUAUCGAUAGCCAGCCUCAUUCCAACCCCCCUGAGGGUCCGGGAUUCGGAAAUUUUUCAAAUUUUCAGUUUCCAGAUUGUGGACUUACCGAUGGUGAUAAGGGUCAUGGGAAGGUAAGCGCGUGGGGAGCAAGGAUUGGCUCGGUUUUGGCUAUACCAAUGAGGAGAAUUGGUUCCCGGGGGAAAAGUGUCGAUAGUCAGAAGUCUGCACAGAGUAACAUAGAUGCGUUAGAGAGGGAGCGGAGCCCUUCCAAAGCUUGGCCUGACCCCUAUUCGGAUGGGCACGAUAUAUCAAUAGGUUGUGUGAGAUUCCCAUCGCCUGCACGUACGGACCCUGAGGAAACGCUGCACCGCGGGAACCCCUCAUCCAGAGUGGAGACACAUUAUCCUGCUCUUCGAAAUACACGGGAUGGUCGUUUCGGUAGCUCGGUGGGAACCCCCCCUCAAUCGCCGCCCGCUCAAAGCCGAUCAAGGGUGCGCCAGACUUUCUCUAAGUGCUCCGACAAGAUCGCAGCCCGGAGAGAAUCACCCGGGGUGGACAGUGAUCACCAAAGUCAGCCGUUUGCUUCCGGAAGACCUAGUCUCUUGGAUCCCUCGAAAAAGUCUAAGUCUCGAGUCAAUCGCUUUCUACGACCUGAGCAAAGAAAUGAUACCGAAGAUACAGUUCCACCUACCACUCUUCAUGAUGGGGGGUCCGAUAUAUUCCCGGGUGCCCCCCAUGUAGCAAUCCUUGGCGCCUCUACGAAUUCCGAACAACCACCUCCAGCCAAACCAGGAUUUAGAAGCAAUUUAACCAAGAGAGUCCACUCCGCACGCAAGCGGAUGUCCCUUCCCUUUAUAUUUGGCUCUGAGGUCGCUACCCUUUACUCUCCUAUUGAAACUCUGGGUCAACGGGCUGUUCCCUCAGAACCCCUCAGAGGGACAGCGGUUACUUCCGGAGGUCUGCCUGCUCAUUUCUCUCUUCACUCUGAAGACGUGAGUGCUGCAGUGUCUGCUGCGCCCCCUUAUCUCGAACAUAAUCAUGUCACCCAAGAAUGGACCCUUCAAGACUUCAGAGAUAUGAACAUUAUACAGUCUUCACCGUCCUCGGACCUCCUAGGAUAUGAAGGCUCUCCGUUUCGGCCUCCUCCACCCGAAACAAAUAAUCCGGCUAAGGUCCCAACGCCUCCCCACGCACUUUCCGUUGCUCCAAAAAUAAACGUGGUGGCGCCGUUUGGAUCCCAGGAAUAUAUCCCGGAGGCGGAGGCCGGUAGAGGCAUGCCGGAAGUAUCUGGUGUGCCAUGGGACAUAACCACACACCAUGGAAACGCGUGCCAGGAGGGCCCGAGGGACAAACUAAAACCCGGCAUCGAUGCAAAUGAGCCAGACGCUCCCGCUCUUCAGAGGAUAUCUGCUCUGCCUGAAAAUAAACCAAUUGAGCUCCUCGAGGAAGAGGAGAGGAGGAACAGGCGGGAUAGUAGGGUCAUGGGAUUAAACCCAGAAACCAUACCGGGAGAUGGUGGGCUCGCCGGCCAGGCUGAUGAAGAUGGCAGAAGGGAUACGUAUGGGGCAGCAAUUAGAGAGAUUGCAGGACUAGAUCUAACGCUCCGAGGCCCGCCAGUUCUACAUUCCAACAACUUGGGCAAUGUGAGUGGACCCAGCAACAGCGUCAAUGAAUUUUCAUCUCCUGCCCCUCAGCUCGCAUCUAACGAUGAAGGCGACGCUGCCACAUUUCCAGCUAUUCCUUCCUCCGAUUCGUCCGAACCAAAGACGAUCCCAGCCACUAGCUCUCAACCAUAG